UCUUUUCCCUUUUUAUGGGUUUUCUUUUCUCUUUCUUGGUUUUUGUUUUCUGGGCUUUUCAUGAUUUGGUUAAGCUUUUGAUGUUUGCUUCUCCUUUUGUCAAAGUUGGAUUCUUUUGUUUCUUUUUUAAUGUACCAAAAAAGUUGUUUUUUUUAUUUGUUUCAAUGAGUUUAUGAUUCUUGAUAUUUGAUAGUAGUAUUAAUUGGUUGAUUUUUAUGAUACUUUGUUGGGGGAAAGGGGGUGUUUAAAUAUUUGAUUUAGUAUCAAACUUCUCUCUCUUUUUUUUUUCCUUUUUUUCUUUUUAAUGAUGGGAUUGCACUUUAGACUUUGUAUCGUGCUGUGUUCUAAUUAUUACUUGGCCAAAAAAAGUUGUUUUUAAUGAUUUUGUUUCUUGCAUGUUGAUUACUCUGAGCUCUACUUUGUUUGCAGUAUGAGUCUCUGGACACUAUAUUUUUGGCUUUAUCAGAUGCUCAUAUGACUUCUUUUAAGUGAAAUUCUUUACUGCUUUAAUAUUUUUUUUCCCAUUAAAUUUUAAAAAUUUUAAGCUUUAUUUCUCCUUAACAAUUCCUUUCUUUUUUACCAUUCAAAGUUGCCUAAGAAAAUUCCUAGUACUUUUUUUUUUUUAAUUUUUCCUUUUUAGUACAUGCUUUUUGUGAUUGGUUUAGGCUGAACAUCCAAUUUAGUUGAUGCAUAUAUGGAAAUCUGUUAUCCAAGUUCCUUUUUUUUCUUUGUUUAGUUUGUUUAUUGAAUAUUAAUAUGGCAUUUCCAGGUAGCAGGGAAGUCCUCAAAUUGAGUAUUUGGAGUCUUGACUUUAGUUGUUGCUGUGGCAGUAGUAAAAACAAAUAUAUGGCUGCAGAUGCAUUUUUGCAUUUUGUAGAAUGCUAUUGAAUUAUUGGAGUAUUUACUUCAAGUAGAUGAAGAAAUGUCAAAAAACAUGGAAUCCAAACCUACCACACCAAGUGUCAUUGCGAGACUAAUGGGUCUUGAUGAACUCCAAUCUCAGCAACCUGUCAAGAAGCAGAAGCGGCAAAGAGUGCUCUCAGAGAAUUAUCUACGAAAAGUUGCUUCUAUAGGUGUUUUGGAGAAGCGGUCAUGUGAUGAACACCGUUCAUUUGGGUUCAGCAUUGAAGAGCAAAAACAGUUCAAGGAUGCAUUUGAAGAAAUAGAAUCAUUAGAGAGAGAAAAGGGUAGUGAUUUGUUUGCGGAAAAGGGAAGAGUAGCCUUAAGAUCAUCACAGGAACAAGUUCCAUCUUUAAGUGGAACUUUUGCUGAUGCAGAAUAUGUUCCUAGAUUUCAUCUGGAAUCAAACAAUGAAAGAUGUCCUUCCUUCAGAAAAAUUGUUAUUUUGAAACCAAAGACUGGAGAGGCAGAGAAUGCUACUAACUGUCUGUCUUUCCCUAGUUCUAGUGAAGGUUCUUAUUCAGGCGAUAGGAAGGACAAAGGGUUCCUUACUUGCGGAAAAGGAAAUUCACAUGCUCAAGUUAAGGAGAGGAAGAACAUUUGCAGUGGUGUGAAAUCCACAGGGCAUAGAUCAACCCUUUCCUCUGAAACUGAAAAGGAAAUCAUCAGGAAAACAAGGCAUAAUAUAAGUCACAUUUCUUUGCAACCACCAAGGUCAGGAUUCAGUGGUCAUCACAGUCUUGCAAAAGAGCCAGAGAUGAUGAUUGUUUCUUCCCCAAAUUACUCUGAUUUGAACAACUGGUACAAACCCUCAUGUUUCUUCCUAGAUGGAUCAUAUGUGACUCAGGAAGCAAAGAAGCAAAUCUCAGAAAGAUGGAGAAUGACUAAAGAGUUUCGGGAGAAUGGACUCACUAUUGGGGGAAGGAGCAGAAGCAGAACUCUUGGUGAAAUGCUUGCUUUGCCUGACCAUGAUAAAUGUGCAAACUUUCGUAGUCCUUUAGGCAUUAGCAGUAGAGAUGGCAGGAAAUAUGGGGGCAUUGGAGACUUAAUAAAGUCCAGAUCUCCAACAUAUUUUACGUCUGUUGGAAGUCCUGUAACCAGGACCAGUAACAAAGCUUUCCAUGAUGAUUCGUAUAUGACUAUGAGGCCAAUGUUUUCUCUUGAUUUGUCAAAAUUUAAGUCCUGUAAGCAGGGUUCCAGUGGGAAAGAUGGUGUGAAACAAAGAAACUCAGGAUCCAACUGCAAGAAGUCUCAAUCUAGUCCAUACCUAGAGUCAGAAAAGAAUCACUCGCAUGAUGACAAAUAUGUUAUCCAUAAUAUGUUCAAGAACAACCUUGAGAAGCAGGAUCCUUCUUCUAUAGUUUCUAAGUCAUUAAAGCACGAUAUCAUUCAGUCUGAUUCUGAAAAUAAAAUCAUCCCAAUUGAUCAAUGGAAUGACAUCAAGGAUACAAAUACAUCUGAAGAGGGUUGUGUGGUACCUGAGUCAUCAAUGUGCACUGCUGAAUUUCCAAGCAUUGCCUGUGAUAUGGUGGUCGCUGUAGAAACUGUGGGUGUUGGCAAGUCUACUGGAAAUCAAAACCAGCUGCAGUUUGAAUCAACCAGCUGCACUAUGUCUGAGAAAGAUUAUAAUUCUUCUUUUUGUAUCCCUGAUGCUUCGAGUCAACAGGAAGAUAUAUCAAUGAAAAUAUCUGAGGAGUGUGGCUCAGACCCUGAUUUUCUUGUGAACUUGGAGGCAGCUUAUCAGCCCAGUCCAGUUUCAGUUUUGGAAGCACCAUUCGAAGAAGAGAAUUUUUCAAGCUCUAAAUGCUUUGAGAGUGUCACUGCUAGCUUACAUGAUGUGAGGAGGCAACUUGAAUUUCUAAAAUCGGAGUCACUGGAAGGAUACUCAGAAGGACCUGGAAUGGUUGUGUCAAGUGAUGAUGAGGAUGAUAAAGGAGAAGAGUCUUUAGAGGAUUGUGAAGUAAAUGGAGAUUCAACAAGGUUAUUUGGAGUUGAAGAGAGUAGGGAUUUCUCCUAUUCGGUUGAUGUCUUGACUGAGGCAGGUUUUAAUAGUAGAAACCAGGAUAUAGGCUUUGAUGGAUGGCAUUCUCCUGAAAUCCCAAUAAGCCCUUCAGUUUUUGAGACAUUGGAGAAGAAGUAUGGUGAACAGAUAUCUUGGAGGAGGUCAGCAAGGAGGCUACUUUUUGACCGCAUAAAUUCAGGUUUAAUGGAAAUUCUCCAACCAUGCUUAGGAGAGCCCAUGUGGGCAAAACCAGUUUCAAGAAGGCUUGGCUACAGGCUGAACUUGAAGGAGAUUGAGGAAGAACUAUACAUGUUGUCGGUUAGCCAGGAAAAGGAAGCAGAAAAGGAGUCAUCUGAGAAAGUAUUGGGAAAGGAUGAUGGGUGGUUAUUCUUAGGAUGUGAUAUUGAGGUAAUUGGUAGAGAAAUAGAGAGUUCAUUGAUUGAUGAGCUGGCAGCGGAGAUUGUUAGCCUAGAGAGUUUUUGAAAGAUAGUUUUCCCCACUUUUUUUUUUCCUCAUGGUUUUGGCAGAUAUUUAUAUGCAUCAUCAAAACCACAAGAGAAAGAUUUUUUCUUUUUGCAUUUUGGCAUUCAUACGUUGCAUAAGCAUGUCAUUGAGAGAGAGAGAGAGAGAGAGAGAGAGAGAGAUGAAUAUAGGAAAAAUUGAUAUAGAGAGGUUUAAACUAGGUUGGUCAUGUUAAUGUAUAGAAAUUAAAAAAUGCAUUACAUGGUUCAUUCUUUGCAUUGGUGUGAAAACUCAAGAUGUGUGGAUACAUACGUUGGGGUGAUGGCAGAUGAUGGCAGAUGCCAUUAGCAUUGCCAUACCUGUUAUUGUAUAGCUGUUACUCUGUAUCUGAAAGGAGAUUAUGUUUGUUCCAAAAAAAAAAAAAAAGGAAUGAAGAAGAAUGAAGAUUUUAUGUUAAUACUAUGUUCUUUUUCCUAUUUUUUCUUUUUCUGUCCCCAGCCCAGUGAUUAAGUUCCUUUAAAUAUAGGAUUUCUUUCUCUUUUUGGCAUCAAUUUGUACUCAUUUUUAUGCAUCACU